UCCCAUUUCCCCCUUUCCUUUGCACCAAUUGUGAAGGCGUGUUUGCAGAUCCCUCCAUCGCUCCAAUUCUUCUUCAUAUAAGCUGUCGCCGACUCCGCGAAGCAACAUUUAGCCUCAACCUUGACCAUGCGUUCCAUGCCACUUCUCUUCGUCUUCUUCCUCGUGGUAGGCGCCAAAACUGACGACUACAUCGACGAGGUGCAAGGCCGAUGUUUUGCCAGCAACAGGUCCUAUUCUUGUGCGAAGUACGAACUGUUCAAAUACAUCGAUGAUUACCACCUGGGGAACGUCAGUUUGACGAGUGACAGUUCGGUGAAGUUUAUUACGAUUCCUAGUGCCAAUACGAGUGAGCUUAACAUUUUCGGGAAAGGGAGGUACUUCCAGAGGGACUCGGAGUUCUUGAAGGUUUUGAAGUUUGUGAAGAGGAGGGCGGCGAAGUUCGUUAGGGAGCAAGGGGUGUCGUGGGAGUUGCCGGAUGAAGUGGAGGUCGUGGAGGAGGAAAGAGCUGUGGGUUCCGGCAAAGGAAAGAAACACAAGAAGUUGAUCAUUUUGCCAAUUCUGAUCCUCCUUAAGCUGUUCAAAGUGAAGGUUCUAACAAGUUUGAUUCUCUUGGGGGUCAUAGUGAUAAAGAAGAUGUUGCUGACGGCUGCUUUCAUCCUUCCGGGAGUUGUGGCAGCGAUUAAACACCACUGCAAGGCGCAGCAGUUCCACGUGGUACCGUACCAUGUGGAGGAGGACCACUACACCCAUGACCACGAACACGAGCACGAACCGUCGGGGUACGGGGCUACAGGGUUCGGGGGGGAUAAACACUACUGGGACAAAAAGAAAAGGUUCUCGUAUUUUUAAGGGUCAGUGAGUUUCCAGUUAGUCGAUUACGUCAAUACGUAACAGAGAUAAACUGCGACUUUCUCUGUCCGAUGUUGUAAUCUGUGCCCAGGUUGACUGAGUUACGUUGGUUGAAUAUUUUCGACCAGUGGAACCAGUUCGUGGUGUUGACACAUUUUUACACAUUAAUUAAUUUAAUCAAUGUAGUUGUCGAUGUGUCGUCUUUGUAUGAUCUGUAUCAGUAUUGUUUUAGUUUAUGUCUUGUACAACUUUAUGUUUCUAUUCAUUUUUUCUGUUCUUUGCUAGUCCAGUUAUAGUCGUAAACGGCAGCGGUUCAUUUAUUUUGUUUUAUAACCCCAAAGACAAUCAGUUGACCUGGAAAUUCUCGUUUUGAUAACCUAAUGGAUGUUUCCAGUUGCAAGUUGCUCAUUUGCACUAGAAUGUGCGUUUAGCUGCCCGCUACGAUAUUUUGGGGCAAAUUCGGUGCAAAUAUUUAGCAAUGAAAGACUGAACAGUACUUGUUAAUACCUUCUCUAUUUAUUUAAGUUAUUAUUGUAUUAUUAUUUAGACAAGAUAAGUACAAUGUAGUUACAGAGUGGUGAUCGAUAAUAGCAUCAGAGAAUUUUAAAGUACAAAGAUAAGGGUAAAAAAGAAAAACGCUCAAGUAAAAUUUAUUUUUUAGAGCGUUGAUCAUUUUGUCAUUAUCCUUAAAGAUAAAGAUCUCUGAUGGUAUUGUAAGAAAGUUUAGUUUGUACCGCGUAAAGUUUUAUCGUUGAUUGUACUAAAAAUACGACAUAAAACCCAAACAUUUACACAAUUUUACAUUUAGUAGUGAUUAGAAUACAAAAAUAACUAGAGAUUACUGAAAUACGACAUGCACUGGCAAUAACGAGAAAUAUGACCUUUAAUUAAAGAGCGUAAAGAGAUGAAAUCAGUGAGAGACUAGUAAUUUUUCGGUUGUCAAAACUUUCAUGUCUACUAAAGAGGCGAGAUAUUUUAAAAUAAAAUCCGGUGAGGGUUGCAAAUCUCCAAUAUACGUUGCAUUUUUAGCCAGAAACGAGAAAAUAUUGCUUGUGAUAAAUUCGGUCACGUUUGUUUGUGUUAUCCAUAAAUCGAUAUGAUAGUAAUAAUUAGUAUUAAUGAUAACUUUUGACUUAUUUAAAAUAAGCGCUAAUAAAUGUCAAUUGGGGUCACGUUCGUUGAAGGGUAGCGGGGUCAUAGUUGUGCACUCUCUGAUAUAAUUAUACCAAACCACAAAAAUUACCAUUUGUGACAGAUAUUUUCCUAUCGUGUUCUGACCCCUCACAAUCAACAAUAAAACGUUAUACAGGUACAACUACAACGCUUUUACAUUAAAUAAAAUUAUCACUUCUGUAUCGGUAAAAUAAAGUUAAGUUGCAACCCCGACGCAACUAUGUAUUGCGGGUGGCAUACACCGUAUCGUAAGAUUCAAUGUAACAUACUUUUUGUAUCUAAUAAAAAAACAACCAAAUAAUACGGUAUAUAGUCAAAUGUUAAACAACAAAACCCCAUUCCCCGUAAUUAAUCCUAAAUUUAAUCAACGAAUCCGAACAUCGCGAAACCAAUAAAGCAUGAAUCCGAUAUU